AUGAUUCCAAUUAUUCUUCUUACACUUGGACAAAUUCGAACGAUGAAACGAGAUAAUAAUGAAUUUGCUAUAUGUCUUUUACUUCUUGUUCAUUCAGCUUUAUUUUAUCGUUUUACUGAUGGUCUUUUAACAACUUUAACAGUUAUACUUCUAUCAGCAUAUACUGGUGUACAUUUUUAUAUUCGUUUUUCAUUUGAUCAUCAUCGUUAUCAUUUGAAAGAUGAUUUUAAUAUUAUUACUCUUCGAUUAGGUUUUGUAUUGAUUAUGUUGAUUAUAUUAAUACCAUGGACGGGUCUUAUAACACAUUCAAAGCAAAUGCAUACUAAAACAGCAACCAUGUGCUCUCGAACAGCAAUAUUUUCUUGGUUUCUAAACUUCGAUUCAAUGUUAAUUAUUUCUUUAUUAACACUGAAUAUUCGUAGUCAAGCAGAUUUUGGUCGAUAUCAAAUGCUUAUACUAUUUAUUGGAAUUCCACUUAUUUUUUUAUGGCUUUUAAUGGGAAAACUUUUGGCUAAUAAUAAAUCUCGUCAUUGGCUAGUAUGGACUAUUUUUUACAUAUUAGCAAUAAUACAAAUCACUCAUUUAGCAUAUAUUACUUAUUGGUCUAAAUAUGAAUACAGUUUAUUAUCAAAAACAAAUGCAACAAAUUUAAUGCCGUCACUUAUUAUAACAUUUAUUUGUGGUGUUCCUAUAGUUCCUGAUUAUCUUUAUCAUCUUCAACAACCAAAAAUCUACAAUAAUGAUAUUUAUAAAUUUUUAGCAAAAAAUUGCUCAAAUAAUGGAAUAAUACUACGACGAAAUUAUUUUGCUCGAAAUCCAUCUGCAUUUCAGCAAUUUCUUAAAACAUAUUGUAAUUGGACUGUUGAUUGGGCAAUGAAUAAAACUGAAAUUGAAAAUAAACAACGAAACACUAUUUUAGAAAAAGAAAAUCAAUGGGUUGGUAUAAUGUUUGCAUCGAAAGCUUUUGUUCAAUUGUUAACAAAUCCAUUUGUUGGUCCAUUAACAAACCGCGUUGGUUAUAGCAUUCCAAUGUUUUCAGGUUUUAUUAUUAUGUUUAUAUCGACUCUUAUAUUUGCAUUUAGUAAAAGUUUUGGCCUUUUAUUCAUUGCUCGAGCUAUACAAGGUGUCGGAUCGUCUUGCUCAAGUGUAUCAGGUAAAGGAAAAAAACUAUCAGAUAGUUUAUGUAGAUUUCUUAUAGGUCUCGGUAUGUUGGCUGAUCGAUAUCCGGAAGAUGAAGAACGAGGAAAAGCCAUGGGUACUGCCUUAGGUGGAUUAGCCCUCGGUGUACUCAUUGGGCCACCAUUUGGAGGAUUUAUGUAUGAAUAUGUAGGCAAAGCAUCACCAUUUUUAGUAUUGGCUACAUUAGGUUUAUUUGAUGGAUUAUUGCAAUUAACGGUAUUGAAACCUGGCGUAUCUAGUGAACCUGUUGAAGGAGCUUCAUUAAAAACACUUAUUAAAGAUCCAUAUAUUCUUUUGGCUGCUGGUGCAAUCUCAUUUGGUAAUAUUGGUAUUGCUAUGAUGGAACCUUCAUUACCAAUAUGGAUGAUGUCAACAAUGAGAGCAACAGAAUUCCAACAAGGAGCUGCAUUUUUACCUGCAUCAAUUUCAUAUUUAAUCGGUACAAAUCUUUUCGGACCAAUGGCUCACAAAAUGGGACGUUGGCUGUGCUGUAUGAUCGGUUUAUUUCUUAUUUCAAUUGCUUUGAUUGGCGUACCAAUGGCUACAAGUAUCUAUGGUUUAAUUAUUCCUAAUGGUCUUCUAGGCUUUGCUAUUGGUAUGGUUGAUUCAUCAAUGAUGCCUACAAUGGGUUAUCUUGUUGAUAUACGUCAUGCAUCUGUUUAUGGAAGUGUUUAUGCUAUUGCCGAUGUUGCAUUUUGUCUUGGUUAUGCUAUUGGUCCGGCUUUAAGUGGAUUUAUUGUACAUGCAUUUGGGUUCCGUGCUAUGCUUUAUAUUAUUUCACUUAUAUGUUUAUGCUAUGCACCUCUGUUGUUCUAUCUACGAAAUCCACCAGCAAGAGACGAAAAAAUGUCAUUGAUUAUGAACGAAAAUCAUAAUUCAUUUUCAUAUAUACGUAGUAAAUCAUUGGAUGAUGAAAAUGCUUAUUGA